GAUAAGCUCACCUCCUCCUACUUUGUCUGUGGCAUUUAUUUACCGAUUUGUUUGCAAUUUGUUGUUAAGUUAAGGAAAAACUAGGAAACACACAUUAAAAGUCGGACAUGGAGCGGCCACAGAAGAUGCCCAAGGUGGCCAAGGUGAAGAACAAGGCGCCGGCCGAGGUGCAAAUUACGGCGGAGCAGCUGCUGCGCGAAGCCAAGGAGCGUGACCUGGAGAUCCUGCCACCACCGCCCAAACAGAAGAUCUCCGAUCCAGCCGAAUUGGCCGACUACCAGCAGCGGAAGCGCAAGACAUUCGAGGACAAUCUCCGCAAGAACCGCAUGGUGGUCAGCCACUGGAUCAAGUACGCGCAAUGGGAGGAGCAGCAGCAGGAGAUACAGCGUGCCCGCUCCAUCUGGGAGCGUGCGCUGGACAACGAGCACCGCAACGUGACCAUCUGGCUGAAGUACGCCGAAAUGGAGAUGAAAAACAAACAGGUGAACCACGCCCGCAAUCUGUGGGACAGGGCCGUGACCAUAAUGCCGCGCGUGAAUCAGUUCUGGUACAAGUACACCUACAUGGAGGAGAUGCUGGAGAAUGUGGCUGGUGCGCGGCAGGUCUUCGAGCGCUGGAUGGAGUGGCAGCCCGAGGAGCAGGCCUGGCAGACCUACGUCAACUUUGAGCUGCGCUACAAGGAGAUUGACCGGGCGCGCGAGGUCUACGAGCGGUUUGUCUACGUGCAUCCGGAUGUCAAGAACUGGAUCAAGUUUGCCCGCUUCGAGGAGUCGCACGGCUUCAUCCAUGGAGCGCGUCGCGUGUUCGAGCGGGCCGUGGAGUUCUUUGGCGACGAGUACAUCGAGGAGCGGCUCUUCAUCGCCUUUGCGCGCUUCGAGGAGGGCCAGAAGGAGCACGAUCGCGCGCGCAUCAUCUACAAGUACGCGCUCGACCAUCUGCCCAAGGAGCGCACCAAGGAGCUCUUCAAGGCCUACACGAUACACGAGAAGAAGUACGGCGAUCGCGACGGCAUCGAGGACGUCAUCGUGUCCAAGCGGAAGUACCAGUACGAGCAGGAAGUGGCCGCCAAUCCCACCAACUACGAUGCGUGGUUCGACUACCUGCGCCUCAUCGAGGCCGAUGGCGAGAAGGACCUCAUUCGGGACACCUACGAGCGGGCCAUUGCCAAUGUGCCGCCAGCCAACGAGAAGAACUAUUGGCGCCGCUACAUCUACCUCUGGAUCAAUUAUGCCCUCUACGAGGAGCUCGAGGCGGAGGACAUUGAGCGGACGCGACAAAUCUACAAGACCUGCCUCGACCUCAUGCCCCACAAGCAGUUCACAUUCAGCAAGGUCUGGCUGCUGUACGCCCAGUUCGAGAUCCGCUGCAAGGAGCUGCAGCGGGCACGCAAGACGCUCGGCUUCGCCAUCGGCAUGUGUCCGCGGGACAAGCUGUUUCGCGGCUACAUCGACCUGGAGAUCCAACUGCGUGAGUUCGAGCGCUGUCGCCUGCUGUACGAGAAGUUCCUCGAGUUUGGCCCAGAGAACUGCGUCACUUGGAUGAAGUUCGCGGAGCUGGAGAACCUUCUGGGCGACACGGAGCGUGCGCGGGCCAUCUUCGAGCUGGCCGUCCAUCAGCCGCGUCUCGACAUGCCGGAACUGCUGUGGAAGGCCUACAUUGACUUUGAGGUGGCCCUCGGCGAAACGGAGCUGGCGCGGCAGCUGUACGAGCGUCUGCUGGAGCGCACGCAGCACGUCAAGGUGUGGAUGUCGUUUGCCAAGUUCGAGAUGGGCCUCAACCACGGGGACAACGGGCCCGAUGCCGGGCUCAAUGUGCGCCUGGCACGUCGCGUCUACGAGCGCGCCAACGAUAUGCUCCGCCAGCUGGGCGACAAGGAGUCGCGCGUCCUGCUGCUGGAGGCCUGGCGCGACUUUGAGCGGGAUGCCAACGAUGGCCAGUGCCUGCAGAAGGUGCUCGAAAAGAUGCCGCGGCGCAUCAAGAAGCGACAGAAGAUCGUCUCCGACGAUGGCGUCGAGGAGGGCUGGGAGGAGGUCUUCGACUACAUCUUCCCCGAGGAUGAGAUGGCGCGACCCAAUCUCAAGCUGCUGGCCGCUGCCAAGAUGUGGAAAAAGCAAAAGGAUGUGCCCGACGAGGAUCCAGUGCCUGCCCCUGCCGACGUCACGCAGGAGGAUAACUGAUCAUUUGUUUUUCCUAGCCCUUAAUUCCACUUUGCAUAUUAAAGAUCCAUUCAAAUGAA